GUAAGAUCAUUCCUCACAACAGUUAGGACAGGCAAAGUACACCGAGCUGAGUGUUAAGAGAAAACCCAGCAGAAACCUUUCAGAAAAGCAGAGCUCUUUUCACAAAGUUCUGUGAUGGCAUUCCGCUUGCUAUGCUGUUUUGCUCUGCUUCUGCUAUGGAUGUGUUGCACUGCACAACAAGUCCCAGUAUAUCAACAGGGACAAGUAACUCUUGAUGGUCUUGUGAACCUCCUGACUGAUACAGAGAUACCAGAAAACUGUGGUCCUCCACCUGCCAUUGAUAAUGCAAUGCUCAUCGCCCAUCAAGCACAACAAUAUUUAUCAGGUUCAAUUGUGGUAUAUCAGUGCUACAGACUGUAUGUAAUGGAAGGCACUCCAAUUGCACGAUGCAUUGAUGGUCAGUGGAGAGGCGUGCCCAGAUGUCUUCAAACCUGUAGAGCAGAUGAAUCUGGCAUGGGGCGUAACAAUAUCCAGCUGAAGUCAAUAACUAAAUCAACUUCCAUGAGAGCAUCGGAUUACUGGAUGGAAUUUGAGUGUAAACCAGGGUUUUUUAAAGAUCCAUCAUCACCACCCUUUAGAAAACAAUGUGUAAAGGGGCUAUGGGUAUAUCCAAGAUGUAUAUAAAAAAACAGCUGGAAAUUGGACAAGAUUCAGUUUUUCAGCCAAUAUAUUUCACUCAGUAAUGAAGAUUGAUAUUGAAGAUCCAUGCACUUGAAAAUUAUUUGCUAGAACCCUAAAGGCAAGAACAUGGAGGUUUUUCAAAUCAAUGUAUGAAAUGCAGCCAUUGCCCAGCACUCUUUUAAUCUCUUUAUUUCCCAAGAACCUCUCAUCCAUCGUCCAUAUGUCCCUGUUUUUCUACAAAGUUCAACACCCCUUUUCCCAUAUGAUGGCCAAAAGUUUCCUAAUGCAUCUUUUUUUUUCUCGGCCCUUCAUCCUCACAGUCCUAUAAGCUUUCUUUCUAAUCCCAUAAUGAAUGAAGGUUUGCUAGGGCCUUCUUUUUGAUUAGCUCCCUUUUCUCAGAUUUCCUCUCAGUUCCACUGUAUCAUUAGUUGUGUAAUUGCAGCUGUUACCUAUGGUUCCUCCUGAAUUGUUUUCUCUUUCCAUUUCCCUGUGAUGAAAUGUCAGAUAUAGGUGCAUCAAAGGUACAAUGACAAUAAAAAUAAAAAUUAAGUGUCAUGUAUCCUACUACAUAUGUUAACGAGAACCGUGUUGUUCUAUGGACAUUUGAUGUAAAGGCCCCAUAGACAUGGAUUAGAACUUAAAUAAAAAUAUGUUGCCUUGAAAACCCUAUUUGCCCUCCCACCCGAGAAUAAUGAUGUAAUACACAAAGUGAUGGGGUAAACCAGGGCCAUUCUUUAAUAAUCAAUGUAAUACUUUCAAGAUCCCAACAGAGAGGGGCCUGCUAUAGUGUGGAAUUAGCAUAACUGGGACUCACUGGACCCCUUUCUCAUGAAAAGGGUUGUGUCCACGCCCCAAGGAUGUGUGGUCCUAUAGACAGCACAACCUCAGCCAGCCUUACUCUGACCACCCCCAGGCCUCAAGCUUCCACUUCUAUUGGUGGCCCUCAGUCCAGAUGUGGCCCCAGCCUAUCUUCUCCCUGCACAUUGUAAUCGCAUGAUAAUGAGUCAGUCCAAAAUGAACAAUUUGAGCUAUCUUGUAAGGGCAAAUAAAAGUCACAGGUCUGGCUUUAA